UUGCCGGUCGGCUGCUUCAGUUGGCUUGGCUAGUGGGAAUUUUAGCGUGACACUGGCCCGUGGACUGGCCCUGCCUCGUUGUCAACUGUCCACUUGACAACACCCGCUCCCCACCCCACGCUCCAGCCCUACACAGAGUGCAUCAAUGCCUGACGAAGACAUCGCGAACAAUGCAAAGGCCCUGGCGUGUCAGCAAUGCGAGAAGCGUUUUACGCGCCCAGAAAAUCUGGCUCGUCACAUGAAAACGCGUGAGUCCUGUCCAGUGUCAAGCACUUCCCACAAUCUUCGAGAAGCUGGGAAAGUCGGCGGCAGCAGCAGAAUCAAGCUAGCCUUCAGCGGCCUAUUGAAAUUCGAUAUAUCAGCAAAUUUUGAGCCUCACGUGAUUAUCGCUGACACAGACUGCGGAUACUAAGACGAUCAAAUACAAAAACACAAAUGUCAAACAUGCGGACGACAGUUCACAAGAAGUGAUCUGCGAAAGAAGCAUGAAUUGCU